GUCAAUUCAUCAGUUUCAUUUUAUUUAUUUUAUUUUUCUUAAUGGAUGAACUAUACGAUAGUGAUGAAAGUUGUUCUUUUUCAACUAUCACUACUAAUGAUCCCAAUCAACAAACUCAAAUCAACAAUAAUGACAAUGAUAAUAAUGUUUUAUUCCCAAUGAUCACCUCUGAAUCAUUAAUAAUAUCAGAAAGUCAUCAAAAGAAAACUGACAGCUUGUGGAGACUACGAAGAACAACAACACUGCCACCGUCAUCUUUACCGCCGACAACAUCUAUCGCAGAAUCCGUGGCUCAAUCCCUAACACGUAUCAGUCAACAUCAUAACUUCCAAUAUACUGCUUCGCAUACAAAAACUCUUGCUAAACAUCAUUAUCAUCAGCAAAGAAAUGCUCGUCUAAGUAUUAAUGCACGUGAACGACGUCGAAUGCACGAUUUAAACGAUGCACUGGAUGACCUGCGCAGUGUUAUUCCAUAUGCGCAUAGUCCAUCGGUGAGAAAAUUAUCAAAAAUUGCUACAUUGUUAUUAGCUAAAAAUUAUAUACUGAUGCAAGCUAAUGCGAUUGAUGAAUUGUACAAGUUAAUUAUAUGCUUGAAUUCACAACUGCAUCAGACAGAUUCGUUGUUACUGUCGAAUAAUGAUUACAAAAAGAAUCUAUCGACAAUAGAAGACGCCAGUGAACAUAAUAUUGAUGCAGGGAAUGCAAAGUUUACAGUUGACUUCAUCUCUACACCGUCUCAUUUAUCUCAGUGUCCAACAUCUUAUUCAUAAGAGUUGAAUUAUUUGAGACGUCGAGUAUGAAGAUGAAGGUUUCUCUAUUAAUGGAUUACGUAAUCAACGGAUGAACAAUGAUGCAUGUGUGCAUAUUUACUAUAAUUUGAUCAUAAUUAAAAUAUUUACUUCCUUUCUCUCUCGCUCUUUCGUUGUUUCUGGUUAAUUUCACUAUUUUUUCAAGCAUAUUCAUGUUUUAUUCCCUGAACAAUUGAAGAUGUAUGGCUCUGUGUUGGCAGCUGUUUACACAUAUUAGUCGCAUAAUUUAUCCGUUGAGCUUCAGUGUAUCCUCUAUAGUAAGUCUUUCCUUAUAAGAUUAUGUUGGUUGACCCAGUAAAAUGCUUAUGUAUAUAUAUUUAUCUGUAUAUCUUCACAAGGA